CCAGGGCCGCCGCCGCUCCCACUCAUAGGGAACACGCUUCAAGUCAACCCGUCGUAUCCCUGGCUUACGUUCUCUGAAUGGAGGACUUCUUACGUAUAUUGCAGGUUGCUUGGACAAGAUGUAGUGAUUGUCAACUCAGAGAAGGUAGCUGACGAUUUGAUGGAAAAGCGCUCCCGAAACUAUUCCAAUAGA